AUGUAUAUGGAAGAGUUUGACAACACCAUUCUCACCAAUGUGCAAGGGGUGGCAUCGACGAUUAAGCACGCAGGUCGAGCUAUGGUGGAGAGAAAGAUAUGCAGCUCGAUCAUUUGCACUGCAACUGUGGCAGCAGCCUUGGGUGGUUCUGCUCCUCGUACAUACACCACUUCUAAGCAUGCAUUGGUGGGGAUGGUCCAGUCAACCUGUAGUGAGCUAGGGGCUCAUGGCAUCAUGGUCAACCGCAUCUCCCCUUUCAAAGUCACUACCCCAUUGGCCUGCGAUGCCUACAAUCUAGACCUAGAUAGAAUGGAAGUUGUCACUUGUGCUGCAGCCAACUUGAAGGGCACUGUGUUAAAACCUGCCCAUAUAGUAGAGGUUGCUCUAUUUCUUGCUUUAGACGAAGUAGAUGGAGGAUUCACAGUGGUUAGUCAAAGUUACUCCACCAUCCAAUGA